AUGUAUGUGAACUCACCAGCUAACCGAAGGACCAAUGGAGAGCAGCAAAGAGGACCACCUCAUGCAGGAGGGUCAAAAACCUACGUGUUGGUGGCAGUCAGCUUCGUUCUGCUGUGCAUCGUACAGUCCGCCCUCAACAUUUCAUACUGGCUGCGAGCUGCGGAGUGGUCUGCCCAGUGCAACAACGCCACGACAAGCAAUUUCACCAACAUGUCAGCUGGUGACAUCGAAGCCUUGCUUCUAGAGAAAGACCGGCUGGUUCAAGAGAAGGAUCAACUUCUUCUGCAGAGAGACCAACUGUCCAAAGAGAAAAUGGAACUGAUUCGGGAGAAAGAGCGAGUCAUUCGAGAAAGAGACAACCUGGCAAAGGAAAAGCAUCAACUACUUCUAGAGAAAGACCGGCUGGUUCAAGAGAAGGAUCAACUUCUUCUGGAGAGAGACCAACUGUCCAAAGAGAACAUGGAACUGAUUCGGGAGAAAGAGCGAGUCAUUCGAGAAAGAGACAACCUGGCAAAGGAAAAGCAUCAACUACUUCUAGAGAAAGACCGGCUGGUUCAAGAGAAGGAUCAACUUCUUCUGCAGAGAGACCAACUGUCCAAAGAGAAAAUGCAGCUGGCUCGGGAGAAAGAGCGAGUCAUCACCAACCUGGUCAAGAAGAACACAAUGUUAGGCCAGAAGGUCACCGAACUACAAAACCAGAUAAAGAUCUCAGAACAAGCCCCCCCAUGUUGUCCCCAGGGUUGGCAGCAACAGUCCACCUGUUACCAGCUGUCUUCUAGUAAGAAUACCUGGGAGUACGCCAGACAAGACUGUGCCAGCAAAGGAUCUCACCUGGUGAUUUUGAAUGAUGAAGCUGAAGAGAAAGUUGUCCGUGGAUUUGGAGGUGAUGGCACCAUCUGGAUGGGCCUGUCUGGUCGCAGAAAUGGAUAUACCAACAACUGGGAGAUGACAUUGGUGGAUUCAAGCCCCCUGAGAUAUACAAACUGGGAGGACAAUAUCCCGGAAGUGGCGAGGAACUAUUACUGUGCAACUGUGUACUGUGGCUCACGGUGUUGCAACACCUGGUCCCUGGGAAGCUGUCGAGAACGUCACUAUUGGAUGUGUGAGAUGCAGCUCCGCCUGCCCUGAAUGAGACUCAACCCAUCAAACACAUCUGCAGUCAGUCUGUCUCUCAAUCACAAACGCAGACAUGUAUACUCAAAGGGUUGUCCCUUUCCUGUAGUGUGUCCUUUGGUUUCUGUGCAUGUAAAUGGUCUGCAAAGGCCACAUUUCCAGUUUUCAAUUUAAGAACCUGAUUGGUUGAUUGAUCUCCUGAUGAAACUUUGAUUAAUUGUAGUAACUGCUGGUGACCACUAGAUGGUGGUAUUUCAAUACUUACAGCCAUGUUUUGUACUUUGUGGGCUGUAUGUUCAUGAAGUGUGUUUUCAUAAAACAGGAUUAAUACUCUUGAAUCUUUGCAGUGUUUCAGGCAAACAUCUAGCCUUCAAUUUACCCUCAACACCUAUAGUGGCAACAUGGUAACAGUGUUGGCUUUGACCCUGAAAUAUACUCCGAUCACAGUUAUUUAUAAGUAAUUUAAACUUAGCUUUGCUUCUUCUUUAUUACUCUCAGGAAAUGUAAUAGCAGAAGUGUUGUAUUAGGAUCUGUCUGUCUGAUAUUACGUCAUUAAAAAACGCCCGAUGAUUGGGGGAAGUUUUUCACUGAUUGCUCACGGGAAAGAUGAAUCCAAAUGAUGAUUAAUUUGAGCAUAGGAAGUUCUUACAGAGGCCUAUAGUUUGCUAAUUUAAAGGUUGAAAGUGUAGAAUUGAACUGAAUGUGUUUACGUUUAUCUGAUCUAAUUCAUAUCGUUCUGUUUUAUUUUGAAAUGUAUUGCCUCUUUGUGUCUCGUUGUACUAACACUAACCCUGUCUCUAGUUUUCCAGUGAUUGUGUGAUUGUGUUCUUGUGUCUGUAUCCUGUUCGUCGUUUCCCUGGUUUUUUGUCUUCAUUUUGGAUAUCCCCGUGUCCUCCGAGUCUUCCCCCACACCUGCCUCCCCUUGGUACUGGUUGGCAUUCCUGCCUCACCCUGACACAAUCAGCUUCUCUUCUGCUGUGAAUACAAGCUCUGUGGGACUGCAACACUCGACACAUUCUUACAGUCCAUAUCGAGUUAAAUUACCACUAUAGCCAUUCAGCUGACCCCACUACUCUACCCAGAGGGACAGGAUCAUUUUAUUUCCUACAGAAAUCAAAAGAGGAGGAGGUGGAUUGAGUGUGGAGUACAGAGGGAAUUGUUUCUCAGUAUAAGAAAGGAUAAAACUCUUGGGUUUUCAGUGGAUAUCAGGAAUCUGAAGACACAUCCUGUCCUGUUGAAGUCCACAUGAAGGCGGGAAUAUUUCCACUAUUUCAAAAAUGUGUAUUUAUGAUGCUAAUCUUUGCAACUUAUUCUGUAAAAAAGAGAGUUUAUAUCCAAUCAUUAUCAAUGUUCAGUGUCAAUAACUUCAUAUUAAGCUUGUAACACGAAUUAUG